UGUCGGCUUUUAGACUGUUUUUCAAUUGUUUUCUGGAAAUGAUUAAUCAACUCAACUAAUUCCAUUAUGGAUUAUGAAACCACCUUUACUGAUCUUAGUGAUUUGGUUCCCUUGGCCUGCGAUAAAAGAUUGGAUCUCCUAGAAUCUUUUAUAAGCUGCUCUAAUGGAACUAAUCAAGUUAAUGAACAUUUACUUGAGAGCCAUUUUUCUAUUGAUGCUUUACUGGAUACAUUCAUUUUACUCUAUGAUGAAUGUAGUAAUUCGUCCUUAAGAAGAGAAAAGAGUGUAUCGGACUUUCUUAAGCUAGCUAAACCGUUUGUUCAGCUUGUACGAAAACUCCGACUUACCCGUGACGAUUUUGAAAUAUUAAAAAUUAUUGGUCGUGGAGCUUUUGGUGAAGUCUGCGUUGUUCGCAUGAUAUCAACUGAAAAUAUAUUUGCGAUGAAAAUAUUAAACAAAUGGGAGAUGUUAAAACGAGCAGAGACAGCAUGCUUUCGUGAAGAAAGAGAUGUAUUGGUACUUGGUGAUCGUCAAUGGAUUACAAAUUUGCAUUAUGCGUUUCAGGAUAAUGCAAAUCUG